AUGUUAUCCAAUUCUUCCUUGGUGUUGGGAAUGGAUGAUGCACCUGGAGCUGACGGUUGUAUGACUGAUAGUAGUUUGAAUGAAGAAUCGAUUGCCGGAUUGGGUGAUUCUAGCAAGGCGGAUAAAGAUGGAAGGCGAGUGGUCCGGUUGCACACCACCAAAUCCGUGGAGGUCUAUCUGGACAAGGCUAAAGGGAAUAUCGUCAGUAAUACUCCAAGAAUAUGA